AUGGCGUCGGCGCCCAAGAGGCCCAAGGCGGCCGCGGGGAGCAGCGCCCGGGGGGCGGGCAGCGCCGAUCCCCUCGCCGGCUUCCUGGCGUGGUGCGGGCGGGCCGGGGUGGAGCUCAGCCCCAAGGUCCGGCUGAGCAGGGAGGGCGCGGUGGCGGGGUACGGGAUGCUGGCGGCCGAGGAGCUGGAGGGGGGAGAGGUCCUCUUCACCGUCCCUCGCUCGGCACUGCUGUCCCAGCACACCAGCUCGCUCCGGGCCCUGCUGCAGGCAGCCCAGGAGUCCCUGCAGAGCCAGUCGGGCUGGGUGCCGCUCCUGCUGGCCCUGCUACACGAGUACACGGCCAGCAACUCCCACUGGCAGCCUUACUUCUCCCUCUGGCAGGACUUCAGGAGCCUGGAUCACCCCAUGUUCUGGCCUGAAGAAGAGCGAACAAGGCUCCUGCAGGGCACAGGCAUCCCAGAAGCAGUGGACAAGGACCUGGCUAACAUCCACCUGGAGUACAGCUCCAUCAUCCUGCCUUUCAUGGAGUCCCACCCCGACAUCUUCGACCCCAAGCUGCACACGCUGGAGUUGUACAAGGAGCUGGUGGCAUUUGUCAUGGCCUACAGCUUUCAGGAGCCUUUGGAGGAGGAAGAUGAAGAUGAGAAGGGGCCCAAUCCUCCGAUGAUGGUGCCUGUAGCAGAUAUUUUGAAUCACGUGGCCAACCACAACGCCAACCUGGAAUACUCCCCUCAAUGUUUACGAAUGGUUACAACACGGCCCAUCAGCAAAGGACAAGAGAUCUUCAACACGUACGGGCAGAUGGCCAACUGGCAGCUCCUACACAUGUAUGGCUUCGCGGAGCCGUACCCUGGCAACACCAACGACACGGCCGACAUCCAGAUGGUGACAGUACGCAAGGCAGCACUGCAGCGUGCCAAAAGCGAAGCGCAGCGGCAGCUGGUCUCAGAGCAGUGGGACUUCUUGUGCCAGCUGGAGAUGGUGGGGGAGGAAGGCGCCUUUGUGCUGGGCUGGGAUGAGGUGCUGACAGAGGAAGAGCUGUCCAUGACCCUGAAGGUGCUGUGCAUGUCCGAAGAAGAAUUCAAGGAGUAUAAGGAACAAGAUGGCUGGGAAGACGACAGUGAGGAAGAGGAAAACUCUACCCUUUCUAACGAGGCUCUCUCCAGACUUAAAACGCCUUGCAAGAAGCUCCUUUAUGACAGCGUGCUGCUGACCCUGGAGUCCUACGGGUCAGACUUGAAAGCAGAGCAGGACUUGCUAAGUAACAAGGAAGCUUAUGAGAAACUGAGUCGAAGGGAGCAGCAAGCUUUGCAUGUGCGCUAUGGACAGAAAAGGAUCUUGCAUCAGCUGCUAGAGCUGGUAUGCUAG